UGACUUUGACAUCCGAAGAAAAAUAACCGACCCCAAACAGAAACAACAUUGCAAAUAAUUGAAAAUUAUUUUAUACUUUGUUGGCAAAUUAGUAUCAAAUGAAUCACACAGGCCAGUUUCUCUUUGUUAUAAUAAAAAUAUAGUAUGCUCUGUAGAUGUAAAUGUUUAAACGAUUUACACCAAAGUGAAGUAGGUACUAAGCGGGUAGGUAAAAGAUCCUAUACUACGAUAGGUAUUUUGUUUUGUGGCAACGCAAUCGAAUUUCUAUACUCAUAACGAACGUAAUUUAUCACCGUGAUAAGCAAAGCAGACGCAACAAGGGAAAUAAAAUUUCAUCGCUCCAUUGUAAGUUUAGCCACAAUGAUAGAAGCAUGGUCUAUGGGGCCCGGCACUCUAGAAGUGCCCUUAUCACUAUUUGCUAAGAACAGAGAGAGGCUUACGGAAAAGUUGCAGAAUGGUCAAGUCGUUGUUUUGCAAGGCGGAGACGACAUAAGCCAUUACGAUACAGACAUUCAAUAUGUUUUUAGACAGGAAGCAUACUUCACUUGGGUGUGCGGUGUAAGAGAGCCAGGAUGCUACUUUGCAUUAGACGUAAAGACGAAAAAAGCGUAUCUUUUUGUGCCCCGUCUACCUGAAGAAUAUGAGGUGUGGAUGGGCAAGCUACUCACGUGUUGUGAGUUCAAGAAAAUCUAUGGCAUUGAGGAGGUCCACUAUGUUGAUGAGCUUCGGGACAUUUUGAAAUCUUUAAAUCCUGAUACUCUUCUAACCCUCAGUGGACCAAACACAGACAGUGGCCUUACUGCAAAGGAGGCAGUUUUUGAAGGAAUUGAUGAAUUCAAAGUGGACAAUGAAAUACUAUUUCCCAUCAUUGCUGAACUGCGGGUGAUAAAGACACCUGAAGAAAUCGAAGUUAUGCGAUAUGUUUGCAAAGUAUCAUCAGAUGCUCAUAAACAGGUGAUGCUGUUCGCGCGGCCGGGGCUGAUGGAGUACCAGUGCGAGUCAGUGUUCCUCGACCACUGCUACCGCGUGGGCGGCUGUCGCCACGUGUCCUACACCUGUAUCUGCGGGUCGGGCCACAACGGCGCCACGCUGCACUACGGCCACGCCGCCGCGCCCAAUGCCAAGAUGAUCCACGACGGGGAAAUGUGUUUGUUCGACAUGGGAGGAAACUACGCGGGCUACGCGGCCGACAUAACGUGCUCGUUCCCCGCCAACGGCAAAUUCACUAACGACCAGAAGUUGAUCUACGAAGCCGUGUUAGCUGCUAGAGACGCUGUCGUCAGAGAAGCGAAACCCGGAGUGAUGUGGAGCGACAUGCACUUGACUGCGAACCGCGCCAUGCUAGAACAUUUGAAGAAAGGCGACUUGCUCAAAGGAGAUGUUGAAGAGAUGAUCAAGAACGGGGUGAACGGCGUCCUGCAGCCGCACGGGCUGGGCCACUUGCUGGGGCUGGACGUGCACGACGUGGGCGGCUACCUGCCGCACUGCCCGCCGCGCCCCUCCGGCCCGUUGGCCAGGCUGCGCACAGCGCGCGCUCUCAAGGCCGGCAUGGUGCUCACUAUUGAACCCGGGUGCUAUUUUAUACACAGGCUCUUGGACGGAGCUCAAAACAAUCCAAAGCAAGCUCAGUUCUUCAACUGGGAGCGAGUGAACCAGUUCCGAAGUUUCGGGGGCGUGCGCAUCGAGGACGACGUACUCAUCACUGAGCACGGAGUCGACAACCUGACCUACGUACCUAGAACUGUCGCAGAAAUUGAAGACUUCAUGGCAAAUGGUGCCAACUUCAAGUAACUUGGCUAUUUUAGAACUUGCAUCAAUCAAAGAAAACCAUAUUGUAUGAGUAUGAUUGUAGGAGGCUGAUGUAUAGUUUAUUCUUUGUAAGCAAAAAAAUCAUGUAUCAUAUUGUAUAUAAAAUAAAUUCAUAAUUAAUGAGUUAAAGAAAAAUAAUCUUAUUGAUUAUUUUUGUAAAUUGUAAGCCUUCCUAAUAAAAUUAAUGCUUUCUAUGUGAAUGUGAAUAAUAUGCUACUGUUCGCUAUUAUUUCGAUUAGGUACCUAAUAAUUUAUUGAAAACUAUCAUUUUUAUAAACCUUUUGUAUGGGAUUAUAUUAUAUUAAAAAAAGUCUUACCAUUUCAUAGUUUUUAUUUUUGCCUUCUGAUUCUGAUAUAUGAAAUAAUUUAUAAUCACUUUUUAAUCAUCAUAUUAUCAUUCUUAUUACGAGUUAUAACUCAUCUGUUUCGAGAAUGCCGUUACCUCGCGUCCCACUUCCCCGCACCGGACUUCCAGACGGACCCGGCAAUACUCUACCCACGGAAAGUAUACCGCUCUCUCUGUUACGUAAUUUAAAA